UCCGCCAAAGUAUGGCUAGUAGUUGAUAAUACGAUCAUAGGCAUACACUAGGAUAGGCUUCAACGAAUUCGGACUUGUAGCUGCAAAUUACGCCAUACGUACACAAAAAAACGGAUCUUUGUCUUAGGCAAUUACUUAGCUCUAUGGUUUUUCUUUGAGCCACGGUCUUUUUCUCGCUUUACCUAAGAUCAGAUUCUCUUGUUGUGUUUGAGUAAAAAAGAUAGUAGGCCGUCUAUUUAUAUAUAAAACAUGGUGCAAAGUUUUUGCUAUCAGAUCGCUGCGAAUCUCAGGUACCCGCAACUGAUAUUCGUCCACGUCAUCUCAGAGAUCUAAUGCCUAACUUCUAGUCUAUCUCCUUGCUUAUAUGGAUACAAGACCAGUUGUACAACCAUUAUUGCAAGUAAUUAUACUAUUAUUUCUAACGAACUAGAAAAGCUAUUCGAAUAUUACUACCUACUUCUCUGCAGAGCUAAUUUAAACAUGACCAUUUUCAGUGCCGGGCGGGGUUUUCACUUGCUAUCGUGGGUUAAGAAACCACGACUUCGCCCGGCUUUGAAGCAGCGCUUCAAGAAGCGAAAGAGCGUCAAACGCAUCAGGACACGGGAUUGGGCAAUGUAGCAAACGGAAAUGCCAAUCCUAUGAGGAGCUAUGAGGCUGCUGUGAACACAGCCUGCGCGAAACCCCAACGGAAGAGGAACAGCUCCUUAAAGUUAGAGAACUCACUGAUCAGCUGAUACACCGCGGCACGAGUGUCGUUCUCCUCAGCAGACGGCCACUCCAUAGGAGCACUUCCAGAGGAUCGCCGUGUGUGCGUUGUAACAAAGGCUUAUUACCCUUUAUUGGAAAUGUGUGACCUCAAGCAAUAUAUUGGUACGGACAUUUCCUGGUUCAUGUGAUGGUUUGUUAGCAGAAACACGUCGAUCGCACACGUCGAUAGUGCAGGAUCAUUUUAAGUUGAAAAAACAUUGGUAAAAAGAAGCGAAUCAUUUUUCUACCCGAGAUUGUAUUUCGGAUAGAAACGAUCCGCUAAUGACUAUAUUAGAAAUGAACGAUCCUUCAACAUAAAACGCUGAUCAGUAAUGCGAUGUCUAGGCACAGCUUGUUCAGCGGAUCACUAUCUAAACGUGUACCUGGAGGAUGUUAUUAAUAAAAUCAUGCAGAGUGAAAACCGUGUAGACCAUAUUGAUGAAUUUCUCAAGGACUAUUUCAGCAAGGUAAAUAGUGGUGAACAUGUACAUAAUGCAGAUGGGAAGUAUAUACUCGCGUCACCGUAUAAUCGGGCUUGCGUCGUUCGGUUACUUCGGUCCACGUUAAAUCCGUUCAAUGAAUGCAUUGAUACACAGCUAAGUAAAGGGGACUAUUGUUCCAUAAUUGAGCUCACAUGGCCCCAUUGGGAUUCGAGGAGUUUUGUGCAGAAAAGCAUUCUCAGGUUUUUAGACAGAUCACGGACAACUUUUCCCAUUGAUGAUUUUAUUCAAGCCUUCUCGCUCAGCAUUCUGUAUGAAGAUUUCCUACGAGAAGCCGACAAAAUCCUUUUGAGCAAUAAAACCUAUUCGAGAAAUCGCAUACUUUACAAACUCAAAGAAAAACGAGCACAGAUCGACGACCUUAAAUCACUAUGGCCAGACCGCUCCGUGAUCGAAGAGAUCGUUAGUGACGACAUUUCGUACGAGGAGUUCAACCGGAAGCUGUUCCAAGCCGCAAACCGCGAAGAUUUCAUUGACACCCUUUGUGACUCGACCUAAUGCUAAAUAAAUAAUAGAAAAAAAAAAUAGAUCACUUAUUACAUCAAAUGGUUCCAAACGGCUAUACUUUGAUGUCGAUAUAAUUAGGGGAAGCGAUUAACGUGUAAUAAUUAAUGUGAUUUUUUGACGGAAUCGCCACAAACUGUUAAUUUCAAAUUUUUCAAAAAUAGUUCGUAUAAAAUGGUUAAGGAAGCGCCGCUUCAUGCUGGAACGAGCCAGCCGUUUGAAGUAAUGUCAGCCGGCUUAGGUGUUGGAUAUAAAAUAUGAAACAUUGUUAAGAAAGUUCAGACUUGGUAAUAUUUCUUUCACGUAAAAAUUAAAUUUCUUCUUCGCACUAUUGCUUCUUAUAUGAUGAUCUUUUGUUGUAUAGCAUAGCAGAAACAAUACGGCAAUAGUAAAUUUUAUCUGUAAUUGCUAUUAUUAGACCUUGUGACCUCGGCCGCGGCACGAAUCAUACAUUUAUCAACUGCUUCAUACAACUCAGAUUCAAAGCAAAUUUCAACUGAGAGUUCUUUGAAAUCUCAUGAUAUGGAUAUUACGUGGACUUAAAAUAGACAACACAAAAGAUAAAAAGAAAGCUUCGAUCUCAGAGCCGCAAAUUUUAAAGUAUGAUAUACAGGGUGAAGCAACAACAAGUUCUAAACAAUUUCGAAAAAAUUUCUAUACAACAGCCUUUUUUGAAUUGUCUUGAAUCUUUCGCUACCCUAUAUAUAUAUAUAUAUAUACUUGGUUUAGAUUUUAUUCAUCGCUUGGCGGUCAUUUAUUAGAACUUAAAGCCCACGCCUAACCUAAUUACUUAUGAAGAAAUUUAUUUACCGCACAACAAUUACUGCGUAGGUAAAGUUCAGUCAGAACUGUAAUUUCAGAAUGAGCAAAUCUACAGAGCAGGUAGCAAAACUAAAAGGGUCUAUAUAUGUAAAGAUGUAUUAAUUGAAGUUGA